AAAAGUUCUAUUUCUCUGCUACGGUCCAUUAAAACUGAUUUACAGAUUCUAAGAACGAACUAUUUGAAUUGAAAAAUGGCGAAUAAACAAAUCUACUACUCAGACAAAUACAACGACGAGCACUACGAAUACAGGCACGUCGUGUUACCUCGGGAACUGGCAAAACAAGUUCCCAAAUCCCACCUGAUGUCCGAGGACGAAUGGAGACGACUAGGAGUUCAGCAGUCACUUGGAUGGGUGCAUUACAUGAUCCACGAACCUGAACCUCACAUUCUCUUGUUUAGAAGACCUCUUCCAAAGCAAUGAUUUAGUUGGUCAUCUGAUCUUCUGGAACAUAACCUGUGUAUUAUUCUGGUAUUCAGUGAAUACUUGCAACUUUACCAAUUAUUGCCUCCUGCGCACGUGCUGUGUUUAUGUCAGCAACUAUGCUCAGUUUGAUUUCCAAGCAAUGAGUGAAUGUUUUGUCAAAGUGGCACAGAUUUAAAUAGUGGCUGUUGACAUGAACAAAAAAGAACUACAUGACCAAAGUGCCUAUUAUGACUUUUGAUCAGUAUGUUUGAAAUAAAGGUCUUUGUUGCAUUGGCAGUGCUCAUCAUGACCAAUUUAUGACCAAAUUAAAAUAAAGCAUGAUAACUUUAAUAGCCUGAUUUGUCUUAAGAAGAUCAAGAUCCACUUUUCUGCCUUUAAUAGUUUCAUGUAU